CCCAGCCAUGCUGAGCAGAGCAUGGAAGCGGCGGACUACGAGGUGCUGUCGGUGCGGGAGCAGCUGUUCCAUGAGCGAGUUCGGGAGUGCAUAAUCUCCACACUGCUGUUUGCAACGCUUUACAUCCUCUGCCAUAUCACUCUGACCCGAUUCAAGAAGCCAGCUGAUUUUACUACAGUUGAUGAUGAGGACGCCACAGUCAACAAGAUUGCGCUUGGCCUCUGCACCUUUACUUUAGCGGUGGCCCUGGCUGCCGUCCUGCUCCUGCCUUUUUCCAUCCUUAGCAAUGAAGUGCUUCUUUCUCUUCCCCGGAACUACUAUAUCCAGUGGCUCAAUGGCUCUCUCAUCCAUGGACUCUGGAACCUCGUCUUUCUCUUCUCUAAUUUGUCUCUUGUCUUCCUCAUGCCCUUUGCCUACUUUUUCACUGAGUCAGAAGGCUUUGCUGGCUCCAAGAAGGGGGUCCUGGGCAGGGUUUAUGAGACAGUGGUCAUGCUGCUGCUCUUGUCACUGCUGGUGCUAGGCAUGGUGUGGGUAGCCUCUGCCAUUGUGGACAACAGCAAGACCAGCCGGGAGUCUUUGUAUGAUCUCUGGGAGUACUACCUCCCCUAUCUCUAUUCCUGCAUCUCUUUUCUGGGAGUGCUGCUCCUCCUGGUGUGUACUCCGCUGGGCCUUGCCCAGAUGUUCUCUGUCACUGGAAAACUGCUGGUCAAGCCCAGGCUGCUGGAAGACCUGGAAGAACAGCUGCAUUGCUCGGCCUUUGAGGAGGCAGCUCUGACCCGAAGGAUGUGUAACCCCACUUCGUGCUGGCUGCCCCUGGACAUGAAGAUGCUGCACAGACAGGUUGUGACUCUGCAGACACAGAGGCUUAUGCUGGAGAAACGACAGAAGGCCUCUGCUUGGCAAAGAAACCUGGGUUACCCGCUGGCCAUGCUCUGUCUGCUGUUGCUGACGGGUCUCUCUGUGCUCAUUGUUGCCAUCCACAUCCUGGAGCUACUGAUUGAUGAGGCAGCCAUGCCCCGUGGCAUGCAGGAUACCUCCUUGGGCCAGGUAUCAUUCUCCAAGCUGGGCUCCUUUGGUGCCAUCAUCCAGGUCAUACUCAUCCUUUACCUGAUGUUGUCCUCUGUCGUGGGCUUCUAUAGCUCCCCAUUGUUUAGAGGCCUUCGACCCAAACGCCAAGAUACAGCCAUGACCCAGAUCAUUGGGAACUGUGUCUGUCUCCUAGUGCUGAGCUCAGCCCUGCCUAUUUUCUCUCGUACACUAGGGCUUACCCGCUUUGACUUGCUGGGUGACUUUGGACGGUUCAAUUGGCUGGGAAACUUCUACAUCGUGUUCCUGUACAACGCCGCCUUCGCCGGCCUCACCACCCUCUGCCUGGUCAAGACGGUCACUGGAGCCGUUCGGGCCGAGCUCAUCCGAGCCUUUGGCCUUGACAGGCUCCCGCUGCCUGUCUCUGGAUUUCCACGCCAGCACAACAAGACUUCGCUCCAUUGACCUCUAUCGAAGACAUUGGGGUGGAGGAGAGAAGACUGGACGCUGCCAGGCCUGGAUCGGAGACCUGGGGGGGAGGAGGGGGCUGGGUGCUCUCUGAG